ACCCUCAAGCUCUUGAUUGGUUAACUAGAAAAAGCGGCUGACUCGCCGUCUGCCCCGUGUGAUUCGGUCAUCCGUAGGAAAAUAUUUUUUAAAAUGAUAAAGUAAUCGUCAAAUUAACUCAACAAAAAAUUUCUUUAUUUCGCCUUGAAUAUGCUCUCAAGAUUGCUUCGGCAGUUUUUGUUUACAUUAGUGCAUUUAGUAGUGUCUGUACUUGUUGCUGUUCAGAAUGUUUAUCUUCGUAUUCGGACACAAUACAAUGAUUUUUCUGGUGGAGAGGAGGCAGCAAAUGAUGUAGAAGUGAUAUUAAGACAUAUUCCAUACAUAAUUAAAAAGCCGAAACAUUUAGUAAUAUUAACAGACAUGACCCAACACACUUUGAAGGAUCUUGCAUUAGUUGUGAUCUGGAGUCUCGUGGCAGGAGUUCCUUACAUUAGUUUUCACGAUGUUACAGGGGAACUCAAAGAAAAUGAGACAAAGUUAUUUUUGGAAGUUGAGAAAUGUAAAAAAGGUGUCCCAGGCUGCAUAAAAUGGUCCAACAGACCUAAUCUGAAUGGAUAUACAAAUGGAAUUCAAGCCCACACUAUUACUAUCAAUGUUUUUACUGCAUCUGAUGGUAGACCAAAAAUAGCAGAGUGCAUACGUAAAAUUGCUAACAAUGAACUCAAUUGUAAAAGAAAAACAAAUGAAUUCACCGCACAAGAAUUUGAUGAAGUUUUAAGACAGUUUUAUCCAUCAAUUCCAGAUCCAGAUUUGGUUAUGUAUACUGGGUCAUCAUGUAGAACGUAUGGCCUGUUACCAUGGCAAAUAAGACUUUCAGAGUUUGUACAACUUUCAUUAGACCAAUGUAUAAAUAUUCAAUGUUAUAUAGGUGCUCUAUAUAAGUAUAAUAAAUGUGAUCAAAGGUUUGGCAAGUAGUAAUUCUAAUUCAAAUAAAAAAUAAUAGGCCUAAGUGUAAUUGGAGUGUGAAGUGGUAUAUUAAUAUAUUUAUUUAUUGAGAGAUUUGUCAUACAGAUCAGUAUUUAGUUAUGAGAAUAGAAUUCAAAUUAAAAAACUAGGUGUUUUUUUUUAUUUAAAUUUAAUUUUACUUAUGAAAGUUCCAUCUGUUGGUCCUAUUUAAAAUGGAAUUAUCUUCAAUAG